GCGCGGCGCGGAGCAGCCUCCAUCCAUGGCACGGAGCAGCGGCGGCGGCGGCAGCAGGAGCCCAGUGCGAUCCGCUAGGUCCCAGCCCAGCGCCCAGCAAGCAGGCGACGCGGAGGGGCCGGGCCUCCAGUGGCCCGAGGGCCGAGCGCUGAGACUCCGGCCGCGCAGCCGGGGGUUGCCCGCGCUGCGCUGACAGCCGCGCCCGCGUCCUCCCCGCCGGGGCGCUCGCCGGACAUGCCCCCGGGGCGCGGCGGCGGGGACCCCGGGGCUCGCCUCCGCCCAGGGCCCCCCUCCACGCCCUCGGGCGCCCCGUGCCCCUGCUGAGCACUCCUCCCGCACGCCUGGGUCCCUCCCGCCGGCGCGCAGCCGGGCCCCAGCGCUGUGGGUCCCCGCGGGGCGAUGGGUUGAUGGGCGCCGGGGGACGCAGGAUGCGGGGGGCGCCCGCGCGCCUGCUGUUGCCGCUGCUGCCGUGGCUCCUGCUGCUCCUGGCGCCCGAGGCUCGGGGCGCGCCCGGCUGCCCGCUACCCAUCCGCAGCUGCAAGUGCUCGGGGGAGCGGCCCAAGGGGCUGAGCGGCGGCGUCCCUGGCCCGGCUCGCCGGAGGGUGGUGUGCGGCGGCGGGGACCUCCCGGAGCCUCCCGAGCCCGGCCUGCUGCCUAACGGCACUGUUACCCUGCUCUUGAGCAACAACAAGAUCACGGGGCUCCGCAAUGGCUCCUUCUUGGGACUGUCGCUGCUGGAGAAGCUGGACCUGAGGAACAACAUCAUCAGCACGGUGCAGCCCGGCGCCUUCCUGGGCCUGGGGGAGCUGAAGCGCUUAGAUCUCUCCAACAACCGGAUUGGCUGUCUCACCUCCGAGACCUUCCAGGGCCUCCCCAGGCUUCUCCGACUAAACAUAUCUGGAAACAUCUUCUCCAGUCUGCAACCUGGGGUCUUUGAUGAGCUGCCAGCCCUUAAGGUUGUGGACUUGGGCACCGAGUUCCUGACCUGCGACUGCCACCUGCGCUGGCUGCUGCCCUGGGCCCAGAAUCGCUCCCUGCAGCUGUCGGAGCACACGCUCUGUGCUUACCCCAGUGCCCUGCAUGCGCAGGCCCUGGGCAGCCUCCAGGAGGCCCAGCUCUGCUGUGAGGGGGCCCUGGAGCUGCAUACACACCAUCUCAUCCCGUCCCUACGCCAAGUGGUAUUCCAGGGGGAUCGGCUGCCCUUCCAGUGCUCUGCCAGCUACCUGGGCAACGACACCCACAUCCGCUGGUACCACAACCGAGCCCCUGUGGAGGGUGAUGAGCAGGCGGGCAUCCUCCUGGCCGAGAGCCUCAUCCACGACUGCACCUUCAUCACCAGUGAGCUGACGCUGUCUCACAUCGGCGUGUGGGCCUCAGGCGAGUGGGAGUGCACCGUGUCCAUGGCCCAGGGCAACGCCAGCAAGAAGGUGGAGAUCGUGGUGCUGGAGACCUCUGCCUCCUACUGCCCCGCCGAGCGUGUCGCCAACAACCGCGGGGACUUCAGGUGGCCCCGAACUCUGGCUGGCAUCACAGCCUACCAGUCCUGCCUGCAGUAUCCCUUCACCUCAGUGCCCCUGGGCGGGGGCGCCCCGGGCACCCGAGCCUCCCGCCGGUGUGACCGUGCCGGCCGCUGGGAGCCGGGGGACUACUCCCACUGUCUCUACACCAACGACAUCACCAGGGUGCUGUACACCUUCGUGCUGAUGCCCAUCAAUGCCUCCAAUGCGCUGACCCUGGCUCACCAGCUGCGUGUGUACACAGCUGAGGCCGCCAGCUUUUCAGACAUGAUGGAUGUAGUCUAUGUGGCUCAGAUGAUCCAGAAAUUUUUGGGUUAUGUCGACCAGAUCAAAGAGCUGGUAGAGGUGAUGGUGGACAUGGCCAGCAACCUGAUGCUGGUGGACGAGCACCUGCUGUGGCUGGCCCAGCGCGAGGACAAGGCCUGCAGCCGCAUCGUGGGCGCCCUGGAGCGCAUCGGGGGGGCCGCCCUCAGCCCCCAUGCCCAGCACAUCUCGGUGAAUGCGAGGAACGUGGCAUUGGAGGCCUACCUCAUCAAGCCGCACAGCUACGUGGGCCUGACCUGCACAGCCUUCCAGAGGAGGGAGGGAGGGGUGCCGGGCGCACGGCUAGGAAGCCCUGGCCAGAACCCCCCACCUGAGCCCGAGCCCCCAGCUGACCAGCAGCUCCGCUUCCGCUGCACCACCGGGAAGCCCAAUGUUUCUCUGUCGUCCUUCCACAUCAAGAACAGCGUGGCCCUGGCCUCCAUCCAGCUGCCCCCGAGUCUGUUCUCAUCCCUUCCGGCUGCCCUGGCUCCCCCGGUGCCCCCAGACUGCACCCUGCAACUGCUCGUCUUCCGAAAUGGCCGCCUCUUCCGCAGCCACAGCAACACCUCCCGCCCUGGAGCUGCUGGGCCUGGCAAGAGGCGUGGCGUGGCCACCCCCGUCAUCUUCGCAGGAACCAGUGGCUGUGGCGUGGGAAACCUAACAGAGCCAGUGGCCGUUUCGCUGCGGCACUGGGCCGAGGGAGCCGAACCUGUGGCCGCUUGGUGGAGCCAGGAGGGGCCCGGGGAGGCCGGGGGCUGGACCUCGGAGGGCUGCCAGCUCCGCUCCAGCCAGCCCAAUGUCAGCGCCCUGCACUGCCAGCACUUGGGCAAUGUGGCCGUACUCAUGGAGCUGAGCGCCUUUCCCAGGGAGGUGGGGGGCGCCGGGGCAGGGCUGCACCCCGUGGUAUACCCCUGCACAGCCUUGCUGCUGCUCUGCCUCUUCACCACCAUCAUCACCUACAUCCUCAACCACAGCUCCAUCCGUGUGUCCCAGAAGGGCUGGCACAUGCUGCUGAACUUGUGCUUCCACAUGGCCAUGACCUCUGCUGUCUUUGCGGGGGGCAUCACACUCACCAACUACCAGAUGGUCUGCCAGGCGGUGGGCAUCACCCUGCACUACUCCUCCCUAUCCACGCUGCUCUGGAUGGGCGUGAAGGCACGAGUGCUCCACAAGGAGCUCACCUGGAGGGCACCCCCUCCACAAGAAGGGGACCCUGCCCUGCCCGCUCCCAGUCCUAUGCUCCGGUUCUAUUUGAUCGCUGGAGGGAUUCCACUCAUUAUCUGUGGCAUCACGGCUGCAGUCAACAUCCACAACUACCGGGACCACAGCCCCUACUGCUGGCUGGUGUGGCGUCCAAGCCUUGGCGCCUUCUACAUCCCGGUAGCUUUGAUUCUGCUCAUCACCUGGAUCUAUUUCCUGUGCGCCGGGCUGCGCUUACGGGGUCCUCUGGCACAGAACCCCAAGGCGGGCAACAGCAGGGCCUCCUUGGAGGCAGGGGAGGAGCUGAGGGGUUCUACCAGGCUCAGGGGCAGCGGCCCCCUCCUGAGUGACUCAGGUUCCCUUCUUGCUACUGGGAGCGCGCGGGUGGGGACGCCCGGGCCCCCGGAGGAUGGUGACAGCCUCUAUUCUCCGGGAGUCCAGCUAGGGGCGCUGGUGACCACGCACUUCCUGUACUUGGCCAUGUGGGCCUGCGGGGCUCUGGCAGUGUCCCAGCGCUGGUUGCCCCGGGUGGUGUGCAGCUGCUUGUACGGGGUGGCAGCCUCCGCCCUGGGCCUCUUCGUCUUCACUCACCACUGUGCCAGGCGGAGGGACGUGAGAGCCUCGUGGCGCGCCUGCUGCCCCCCUGCCUCUCCCUCGGCCCCCAACGCCCCACCCCGGGCCCUGCCCGCCGCCGCAGAGGACGGUUCCCCGGUGUUCGGGGAGGGGCCCCCCUCCCUCAAGUCCUCCCCAAGCGGCAGCAGCGGCCACCCUCUGGCUCUGGGCCCCUGCAAGCUCACCAACCUGCAGCUGGCCCAGAGUCAGGUGUGCGAGGCCGGGGCGGCGGCCCGCGGGGAAGGAGAGCCGGAGCCUGCGGGCACCCGGGGAAACCUCGCCCACCGCCACCCCAACAACGUGCACCACGGGCGUCGGGCGCACAAAAGCCGGGCCAAGGGACACCGCGCGGGGGAGGCCGGCGGCAAGAACCGGCUGAAGGCCCUGCGCGGGGGCGCGGCGGGGGCGCCCGAGCUGCUGUCCAGCGAGAGCGGCAGUCUGCACAACAGCCCCACCGACAGCUACCUGGGCAGCAGCCGCAACAGCCCGGGCGCCGGCCUGCAGCUGGAAGGCGAGCCCAUGCUCACGCCGUCGGAGGGCAGCGACACCAGCGCCGCGCCGCUUUCUGACGCGGGCCGGGCAGGCCAGCGCCGCAGCGCCAGCCGCGACAGUCUCAAGGGAGGCGGCGCGCUGGAGAAGGAGAGCCAUCGCCGCUCGUACCCGCUCAACGCCGCCAGCCUAAACGGCGCCCCCAAGGGGGGCAAGUACGACGACGUCACCGUGAUGGGCGCGGAGGUAGCCAGCGGCGGGUGCAUGAAGACCGGACUCUGGAAGAGCGAAACCACCGUCUAGGGUGGGGCGGGCGACGCGGUAGACGGGCUGGCCACGCGGCUCGUUCCCCCGCUCCUCCGGGCCCUCCAAGGUGUCUCCGUAGUCAGCAGGUUGGAGGCGGAGGAGCCGAUGGCUGGAGGAAGCCCACAGGCAGAUGUUCCCCACUUGCCUAGAGGGCAUCCCUCUGGGGUAGCGACAGACAAUCCCAGAAACACGCAUAAUACAUUUCCGUCCAGCCCGGGGCAGUCUGACUGUCGGUGCCCUCCCAGGAACGGGGAAGGCCUCCGUCUGUGUGAAAGGGCACAGCACAUCCCAGGUGGACCCUCCCCAAGUACUCCCACCCCGCCUACUGUCCAUGCGGCCUCACUGGGGGCCAUCAGCCU